AAAAUCACUGUUGCCAUAACAAUGGCUUUACACUUCCAUCUCCUCCUCCUCCUCCUCUUCUUUCUCCAUCCCUCAGCUGCAAUGCAUCACACCCUCUCUCCUCCUCCUCCUCCUCCUCCUGCAUGCACCUCCCUCCCUCAGCCUUCACCCGUCCCGAAGUCUGGUUAGCGCGCCAUCCUUCCACCGACACACCAUGUCAUCUCUGGAGAUUACUGCAUUUAUUUUUCUUCGGUGCGUGUUUCCCUUCCGCUUUUCUUCAUUUUGACGUCUCGCGCAGCGUCUCCAGACAUCGCAAAGACAUUUCCCAACGCGCGACUCUUCUUGAAGGCAACAAUGUGUGUGUGUGUGUUUUGACACCGUUGAGAACCACCAGCAGUCUCCGUUCUCCUGUCAGGAUGUCUGCAGUCCAAGAGCUGCUGCUGCUGCCUCUGGCCCUCCUGGCGCUUCAAGAAGUCAAAGUUGACAAUAAUACGAGAUCAUUGGUUGAGCGCCAUGCUGAGGCCUCAGUGGAAACUGCAAGGUGCAGAGUGAGAAAGAAACAUUUGGAGUUACAGCGUCUCUGUGCCGUGGAGCCUGCGUGGAGGUGGACUCAAACACAGAGGCCGUGGUCAACGAAGGCUUCAAACUGGGCUGCAUCUCCUAUAUACAGCUAUGACAAUAAAAGGGGCGACACCAACGACCCACGUUUCGAGGGUCGUCUGGCCUGGAACGGCAGCAAGAAGACCAAUGACCUACAGGAAGGCUCCAUCUACAUCCUCAAUGUGACGUUCAAUGACACUGGAACCUACAAGUGCAUAUUCACCCGCAUCCUCGAGUAUUCCAACUUCGAACAUCCAGCCAACGCCACCAAGAUAAUCCACAUGAAAGUGGUGCCAAAACUCACCAGGGGACUGGCAUCCAUUUUGUCUGAGGUGAUGAUGUAUGUUACCAUCAUCGGGCUGCAGGUGUGGCUCGCGAUCGAGAUGAUUUACUGCUACAGGAAGAUAUCAGCGGCAGGAGAGGAGGCUCUGAGAGAGAGCGCGGCGGAGUAUUUAGCUAUAGCAUCAGAAAGUAAAGAUAAUUGUGCAGCUGUACAAGAGGCAGAAUAGCACCGGUCGAGGAAGAAUUCAAGAUGGAGUCCUUGAGUAUUUUCAAAUACCCUCAUUCAUUCCCUCUCCUCUCACAUCCCACCAUUCUCUUCACAAGAUGGAAAAACCACAGAGGGGAGAAAAAUCUUUUCUCGAUAGAAAAGGUUUUUUUUUAAAGUAACUUCUGCAAAGGAUGGAAAGACCUGAACUGUAUACCGUUUCUAAAUCCUGUUUUGAGGGACAGGAGGGAGCAUCAGGUUGUGGUCCAACGGGAGAGGGACUGGGUUGAACUAUAUAUCGGUGUAUACGUAUGCAAAGAUAAUCCUACAUAAAUAUUAUAGGCCUAUACAUUUAUAUACACUAUCUGCAUGCUUAUGAGCUAUGCAUAACAACCAACAUCAUGCAUCUGAAGUUCUGUCAUGUUUUUAACAGUUGUUAAUCAGUUUUGUCAUAUUUCAUUGUUUUUUCUUAUACUGUUAAAUACUAGUACAACUAUAUUUGACUGCAAAUGUUGCUGCUGUAAUGAUGUAACACUACUAGAAGGUACAGAGGAAACACUGCUGCGACAGCUGUUAUUAAAUGUUUCACUUUGACCAGAUUUAUUAUUUAAAAACAGACCAAUAUCUAAACCUUAAGGACACUGACAUUUUAAUUAGGCGAUUGGGAAACCAAUAUCAACGGUUCAACCUUUUAUUUUUUUUCUAAAGGCAUUCUUAACACACAGAUUUCAUUUAAGCAGGUAUUAGAAUGUGAGAGAAACUGCCUCCUUUGGAGCAGUUGUGAAGAGCAACGAGUCCCGAUUGUCACACGUCAAGUUAAAGCCGUUGCAUUCAGUCACUUAAACACAAGGAAACGGGAAUGUGAGGGUUCACACACUCUGCUAACCAAGAGAAAUGUGGUCUGUAUUAAAUGUUAAGUCUGCUUAAUCUUUCUCUGGAGGGUGUUUGAUAAAAAGUACUAUUCUCUUCUUAUUAGAGUUUGAGUUAUUAGCUCUCAAAUAAAGGAACAUGCUGUAAAUUCUAGGUUGAAUUUAUUAGAAAAACAUACCCAGUCAUGUUUUUAAUAUUUCAUAUUGGAGAUGAGAUCAACACAGUGAUGUUUUUAGUGUUUCCCUACAUUCCAGAGAGCUCAAGAUGACGGAAUCAGCCAUAUUAUGAUAGAACGUAUUGAUUUUGGGGCAAAAAGCUACAUUUCAGUGGUAAUCCCUUUGAAUUAAUUAACACAGAAUGGUGUGAGGAGCAAAAAUGGCACCUGAAGCCAAAGAAUGAUUUCCUGUGACGAUGCCCACGUCAUUGGAUAAUACUAAAUCUGUAGCAAAGCAAACAAACCAAAAAAAAAAAAAAAAAAUCAGCUUUACCAAUUUAUCCUCAGCGAUACAGAAGUGUCACUUUAAACUGAAUUUGUCUACAGUGGAAACGUUCCCACGGAUGUGUAAUUUCACACACGUCUCAAGUGUUUUCGUAGAAAAUGAAAGGCUCUGCAAAUUGCUACGUAUCUAACUGCCGUGGGCAAACGUACCACAAAACCAGUCCCGUGUGCCUCCCUGGCUGAAUGAAGCCAGUGGAAACCAAAAAAGGGAACGAGGUGAAGCCUUGUUAUGAAUCUAUAGUGUUUGUAAAAACAGCUGGAGGGCAACUUGCUUCUCUCUCCAGAAGACCAGACAUCGACUACCGGUGAACACUAGAUGGCAGCCAAACACUGCCGCUCUACAUGUUCACUGAUCAGCUCUUCUGCACCAAAACUGAGUUUCAUACAUUUUUGAGAUAUCGACUAACUGCAUGCUUACUGAUGGAAGAAGAAGAGUACCGUACAAACAGAAUGUCCAAUGACUACAAGCUUAACCCAUAAGGACCCACAAAACAAACAGCCCAGUGAUUUCUGUGCUUACUGAGUGAUUUACUUUUUGGGAAAUGCUGCAUCUGCUGACAUCUUCAUUUCCUACAUAGAUGAACCAACCUGUGAAAUGUAAACCACACUGCUGGUCUGCUUCGUGUUCACGCGUUUUCUUUCAGCAACAAAUUAAAACUGCUGUUUUCACUUCAUGUGCAGGUGUGAAAAUGCUGCUUGCCACAAUAAUAAGUGAAACACAGAAGAAGAAAAUAAAGUUCUUGUGAAAAA